AUGAGGAAAGAUGCUCAAAUCCAGUUGACCGAGCAAGAGGAAGCCAUCUGUCAACUUCUCGACCAGACUUGCUCAUACAUCCACCGCGAGCGGCCCGAGAUUGAAGGUGUCGACUCUACACCACCAAGUGGCAAUUCUUUGACUCCAUGCGAAGCACGCAUCGCCGGCGGCUGGGUGCGGGAUAAGCUCCUCUCCCGCGACUCGGACGACCUCGACAUCACACUCUCCACACUGACAGGCAAUGCUUUUGCUCUGCAUCUCAAGCACUACCUAUCAACACCCUCUUUCGCAGCAUCACCGCUGGCACAGUCGCCUUUCUUUCAAGAUGAAGGCUCUGAAAUGGGCCGCAUCGGCAAGAUCGCCGCCAACCCAGAGCAGAGUAAGAACCUCGAAACGGCUACUGCCCGUCUCCUAGGGCUCUCGCUUGACUUUGUCAACCUCAGGAAAGAGACAUAUGAUCUCGGGUCGAGGAUUCCAACGAUGACUUUCGGAACACCGAAGGAAGAUGCGGAACGUCGCGAUAUCACAAUCAACUCGUUGCUCUACAACGUGCAUACAAGGCAGGUGGAGGAUCAUACCGGCUUGGGCCUGCAGGACUUGGCGAGCGGAUUGAUACGAACUCCAUUACCGCCGCUGACGACGUUCCUGGAUGAUCCGCUCAGAGUACUGCGGUGUGUCCGCUUUUCAAGUCGAUUCGCAUACGAGCUGCAUCCAACCAUCAUCCGUUGUCUCACCGGUGCUGGUGCGCAGCAGGAGGGAGAGUCAAGCCUUACGCAACUUGCCAGCAGCGAUGAUCCAAGAGUCUCGCAAGCAGGUCAAGGUGUGGAGCAUGGCAGAGACCUGAUUCGAGAAGCAUUGAUCAAUAAAGUGUCGAGAGAAAGAAUCGGCAUCGAGGUUGAUAAGAUGAUCAAAGGCCCACAUCCUUUGCUUGCCCUCUUCGAGCUGCAUCGUCUAGAGCUCUUCCCUCUCGUCUUCCACCCAGCACCAGCUACGGGCAAGCUUUACACUGCAUCCGAUUCAAAUUCACUAAAGGAGCUAGGAGAACCUGCAUCGGACUCUGUCGCUCUCAACGCAGCUCGUUUGUUGGACGCCAUUCUGAGCGGUAAAGCACAGGAAGACGCUUCUUCAUCCCACCAGCCGGUCGCGAUGGACAGCCUCCGCAUCGCAGAUGGCCGCAGCGAAGCCUCCAAUUCAGAACUCUCUCAUGCAUUCUCUGCCAUUCCAGCAUCUCCGCUACCUAAGGCUGUAUUUGAGGCACUACCUGUCGAUCUUCUCUCGGGCUGGUCCAGCGCCUCGUUGACAUCCGAAGAACGUAGAAGGCUAUGGAUCUCAGUCGCACUACUCCCCUUACGGCACUUGAUCUAUGAGGAGAAGAAGAACAAGUUUGCUUGGGCUGGCGAAAGCGUGAUUGCCAACGGACUCAAGUUGGGCACAAAGACACUCAAAGAGCCUGUUGCCUCCUUGCAUCGAUGUUUAGAGCUUCUACCGCUCGGACGAAAGGUACUGUGCUCCGAACAAACACAGCAGGGAGCAGAGUCAGAAGCGCUGGACGACAUCCUGCAUCUUGCACCAAGACUCAGUGUCAAGUCACGCCUAGGACUUUUACUAAGGAACCCGCACGUCUCGAACGGAUUGUUACAGCUUCGACCGGAGCCAGCUUUGCUUCUCUCAUUCAUCUCGGAAGUUCUUGUCAUUUGGCAGCAGCAAGGAGGUGAGGCCGGGUUCAAGCACGACUCAAGCACGCUCGACGCCGUUCAGGAUCGAGUUGUUGUGUUGGCAAGGGAGUACGGUCAGUUCUGGCAACUGAUCAAGCAAUGGGGCUUGAUCGAAAGGGCAGAUGAAAAGCCAGUAUUGGAUGGCAAUGCUGUUACGGCAACGCUGAACUGUCAUCCGAGGUUGAUCUCACAGAUUCAGACUUUUGUGCUAGCUUGGCAGUAUGAUCAGCCAGCCGCACAGGGAGGGGUGGACAAAGAGGAAGAGUGUAAGGCUUGGUUGAAAGGUGAAUGGGAAAAAGGUGGGAUUGUGCCUUUUGAUCAACGUCCACCUCCUCCACCAUCGAAGGGAGACAAGGGAAAGAAGACGAAAGAUCCCACGGCAGCAGCUAAACCAGCAGAAGAUCGGGACCGAAGGAAGCGGCAGAAGAGUGAAUAG